CCCGGUCAGUGCCCGUCAGUGACACCCGCGCUGCUGCAGGGCUGCUCCCCCUGCCAUGUGCCCCCGGGAGCCUUGUGACCAUCCCGAAACCGGCAGGGAGCCUUGUGCCGGCCGCUGUGUCCAUGCACGGCCCCGGCUGUGGCGAGGGGGUGUCGGCGGUGCCGGGUGUCCCUGCCCGGUGCCUCCCCGCGGUGGGACCGCAGCUCCCGCCCGCCCGCGCCGGGCCCGCCCCCGCUGCUAAAGCGACGUGUCGGGUGGCCCGGCCGGCACCUGCAGCGGCCUCAGCCUGAGGGGCUCGGGCCUCCGGGGCUGUGCCAGCGCUGCCCCGCCGCCCCUGCGGCCCGCUCAGCGACAGGCACGCCUGCUUCCCUCGCAGGCUCCUGCUGACAGACCCUGGCUUGGCUAGAGGACCUGCAGCCUUCCGUCCCUGUUGCCCCCGCAGAGCCUCCUGCUGCUCCUGGCUCCCCGCGGGUCUCUGCUAUGUUGCCCCGUGGGCCUUAAGCACGUUCUCUGCAGCUGGUGCAGUGGUCAUCUUGAGUAACAACAUUCACAGCUUCUAAAACGAACGUCACUUAAGUUGAGAGCCAGUGACGGUUUUCCAGUAAGGUAACCAAGUAAACAAACACAUCAAACCAACCUGCACCGGAUCAUCGGUUCAGCAGGGAACUGUACAACAGCCAACGAUAUCGGGGUCAUGUUUUUACAGCACAGUGGUGCUUAAUACCAGCACAUCCAGCAAAUCAUGAAGACUAAAACCAAAGGAAAGAAGCAAAGGCAAACUGUUGACAAAGAAGCAUUUUCUGAGGAGUCAGCCAUGAGAAAAAAAGAACUGGCGAAAUGUUUGCGACGCAGAGAAAGGAAGAAUGGGGGAAACAAGGAGAGCAGUAAGAUCACUGCAGCCAGAGCCAAGUGCCCUUGGAGCACCAAGGACAGGCAUCUGAGGAGGCUGGAAAGCAAUGAGAGGGAGAGACAGAGAAUGCACAAGCUCAACAACGCGUUCCAGGCCCUGCGGGAGGUGAUCCCUCACGUGAGGGCUGAGAACAAACUGUCCAAAAUAGAGACUCUCACACUGGCCAAAAACUACAUUAAGUCCUUGACCUCCAUUAUACUCAAUAUGUCCAAUGGACACUUUCCAGCAGCAGAAGGGAUGGGGGGAACCUGGGGGUCCAAAUUGUACCAACAUUAUCAACAGCAGCAUGGGGAGGAUGACCAUGAGGAACAUCUACAGAAACGUGCCAUGUAGAUUCCUAGCUUCAGCCAGAACACCCACAGUUAGCUGCUGCCAUCAUUAUUUUUCCUUCUUACAUCAUAAUACAUGUCAGUAAUUGGAGCUUUUAAGAGACUGGUUUUACCUCCAGCUCUCCCCUCUUUUUUUUUUUUUUAAAGACAAACAGGCAACACUCAUGGCUAUAGUUUAUAUGGCACAUUAAAAAGCUACCUUAAACUAUAAGAAUUUUUCAGAGCAUAAUGAAUGUAUUUGUGGGUUUGCCAGAGCUUGGAAACCUAUCCUGUAACACUGGAGUUGACUUGAAUAUAAGGAUUUAGUAACUUUUGAAAGUCACCCUCCUUGGGAAGGUUGUGAGUUGAGCUUUUAAGGUCUGUGUCACCUGAGUUCUUUGGAGCUUGGGGAAUUGUGGCUGUAGCUCUGUUCCCCAGCCUUGCAGUGCCUGUUGUGAUCUCCCAGGCCACAGAGGAAAAUAAAAUUGAUGACUGAAGUGACUGGAUGGGAAAUCAGUCAUUAAAUCUGAA